AUGAUUUAUUGGAGAAAUGAUCCUAUGUUAAGAUUACCUGGUCCGGUAAUACUAAGCACAUUAUUUCGUUUGUCACAUCUGAUUCGUGAACUUUGGAAUGAAGAACUUACCAAAGAUGAUCAAACUACAAUUAAUCCAAAUAUUUUUUAUUUGGAAAGUUACAACUUCUUUGGAAUCGAACGAGUUGGUGGCUUAUUUUCAUAUUUAAAACCCAAAUACCAAGAAGUUAUAAAGUCCAAACUUGGAAAUCCUCUCAACAAUCAAUCUCUUCAUCAAAGUGAAACUGAUGCAGAAGAUGAAAUAAUAGAAAUUAAUUCGACAGCUGGUUUAAUUACUAUUUUGACUAGAAUUAUUGGAAAUGCAGAAGAUAGAAAUGCAAACAAUUAUAGUCAUGCAACUAUUUCAGAUAGAGUAUUUUCAUUUGAUAAUUUACCUACUGAUAAAUUACAUAUUCUCUCUUUGUUACUAAAUAAUGUAAUUUGUUUAUACUACAUAGCUGGUCAUAAACAACUAGUUGACUAUAUGUCAUUCAAGGACAGAUUAACCGAAUUAUCAAUUAACUAUGCAUUAGUGGAUUAUGAAUUAAAAUUUUCCAAUGAAAACAUCGAAAACCAAGAAUAUUUAGAAGAAACCCUUAUGGGUUAUGAAAACAAAAUCCAUUUGACCUCAAGGCAUAUAGGCUGGUUGAUGAGUAUGGUAUUCGUAGAUGCUAACAAAAAUAUUUUGGAAUGGAUUCUUACUAUAAUUUCAUAUACAAUAAAAUAUUGUUCAGAGUAUGAAAACCAAUUAUUCCGAUUCGUUCCAGAAUUUUAUAUAGAUAACUUGAUGGGCUUGGUUUUUUUAUUGCCUGAUUAUACAAAACCAUUUCAAAAGUUUGAGAAUAUUAUUCUUGAUAAAAAAUGGUUAGCCACUUUAGUUGCUGAAACACAACUUCAAAUACUUGGUGAUAAUAGAAUUAUUCAUCCAAAAUCAAAAGAAUCAACUGUACAAGGGAUUAUUAUGUAUUUAACAAAUUCUAGUGGGAUUGAAAUGAUUCAAGACAUUUCAGAAAAAUCACGAUUGCGUGCUAUUCAAUCAAUAUUAAAAUCGGAUGAGUGGAACAUGUGGAAUAAAACAAGUAUAAUAUUGAUGUUAAUAUGGCAUGGCUCUGGAUUUGCGUUUCGUUAUACACGACUUCCCCAUCUAGAAGAUCAAAACAUUAGCGAUAAUGGAACUGGAACAAUUGAAGAAAUUAUUUUUACUCAUUUUGCUGUUGAACGACCUCCAAUGAUUGUAUUACAAAAUGAUGUACGGACUAUCGUUACUAACGAUAAAGAAAUGGCAUCACAAUUUAUUAAUAACUCUUUAAAAUAUCUGAAUGGGUCAUUUUCGGAUUUUAUAAUCUUAUUCAAUGAAAUAAAAGACAUAAAUAAAAAUGAUGGAGUUCCUUUGUCUCCCGAAGAAUUCAAUAAGUUAAGAAUGUGCAGUCACCGUUUUGUUCUAACUGUAACUUUACUUCGAGUUAUUGAAAUGAUGGUUAAUUUUGACCGUAGCCUUAUAAUGGACCAGGAAGGAUCUCUCAACAGAGUUUUUCAGUUAAUUUGUCAAAUACUAAAUCGAAUACAUACAUCAUCUUCUACGUUUCAAAAAAUUCUGAAAUCAUCAUUACCUUUUGUGGAAUGUAUUCAUAAGUUUACCAUUCUCAUGGCUACCAUGGGUGUUUUGUUGUCUAUAUUAGGCGACGAAAUUCACGAAAACGUUACAGAAGAUUUUACUUCCAAUGGUUCUAAUAAGAUUUCCAGUAUCCCAGAUAUCACAGACGUAUUCAUUUCGGAUCCAAACUUUAAUCUAUCAUCAUUGGACUUUAUUAUUUUACCCGAAAGUGAAAAUGAAGAAAAAUUUGCCUUGAAUUCUUAUAAAAAACAUCUUACUGAGGAAGAAUUAAACAAAAUCGCUGUUCUGUACCAACAUUUAGAUUGGUAUAUGAAGCGACAUAAAUCUAUGGCUUCCAGCAUAAACGAGGACGAUUUAUGUGUGAUUUGUUAUUCGAAAAAAAAUAGUGUAAUGCUUAAACCAUGUGAACACCAAUGCUGCAAAUUAUGCGCCGACCACCACAUACUUUAUUCAAAAGUAUGUUUUUAUUGUAAAACAAGAAUUGAACAAAUAGUGGAUUGCAAUACAUUAGCCGUAUUAAGUGAUUUUGGAAAAGAACUUCCUCCACUAUGA